GUUCUCACUCCCAUUGGAUGUCCAAACCCAGACAAGCCAAUCAGCGCCAGAGCGGGUCCGAUGACCAGGACCCUUCCAGACCGUUGAUCUGCGUCAUGGGGCCCGGAGCCCUCCUUCUCCUGCUGCUGUCCGGAACCCUGGCGCUGACCCAGAACUGGACCCGCCCCCACACCCUGGGAUAUUUCUGCACCUCCACGUCCGGACCGGGCCACGGGAAGAACCAGUACGUCGUCAUCAUCUACCUGGACGACACGGAGGUCUUGCAGUUCGACAGCGAGAGGCAGAGGCUGGAGCCGAGGGUGCAGUGGAUGGAGCAGCCGUGGGUGGAGCAGGAGGGCGCAAAAUUUUGGGAGGAGCAGAUGCGGGAGAUGAAGCACAACGAACAGCGGAGCAGAGCGAACCUGAACAAGCUGCGCGCCCACUACAACCAGAGCGAGGACGUGUCUCACACCUUCCAGGAAAUGACUGGCUGUGUAGUGGGGUCCCAGGGUAACUUACUCCGAGGGUUCAGUCAGUUCGCCUACGACGGCAUCGAGUGCAUCACCCUGAACCAGGACAUGCGCUCCUGGACCACGGCGCCCCAGGUCACCUUGCGUGAGUUGGUGCUGGUCCCUGAUGCGGAUGUCAGAAGAUACUUCCUGCAGGACACUUGCGUGCGCCGGCUCCAGCUGCUCCUGGAGAAGGGGAAGGAGAAGCUUCUCCGAGCAGACCCUCCAAAGACACACGUGACCCACCACACCAUCUCUGACCAUGAGGUCACCCUGAAGUGCUGGGCCCUGGGCUUCUACCCUGCUGACAUCACCCUGACCUGGCAGCGUGACAGGAAGAACGUGACCCAGGACAUGGAGCUGGUGGAGACCAGGCCUGCAGGGGACGGGACCUUCCAAAAGUGGGCAGCUGUGGUCAUGCCCCCUGGAGAGGAGCAGAGAUACACAUGCCAUGUGCAGCACCAGGGGCUGCCUGAGCCCCUGACCGUGAGAUGGGACCCCCCUCCUCAGACCACCAUCACCAUUGUGGGCAUCACUGUUGCCCUGGGUCUCCUUGGAGCUGUGGUCACUGGAGCUGUGCUGUGGAGGAGGAAGUGCUCAGGCAGAGGCAGGGAGAGCUACACUCAGGCUGCCUAUGCUUUCCACGGAAGUUGGUGUAAAUCCAUCAUUGCAGCCUCCCCUUGAGACUUUAAGGAUCCCUGACUGCUGUUUCUGCAACCAGCAUCAGAACCUGUCUGCAUCCUUAUCAGCACCAGUGAGGAGUGGGUCACCAGGCCACCCUCCCCACAGGGACCUGUGUCCUCUCCCCUGGGGACUGUUGUGUCAUAGGCAAGUUGGGGUGAGGCCACCCCAUCCUGGUCAUUCCUCAUCUGGAUUAUCUGUGUUGCUAUUUUGUCCAAGGAGAACCUUGUCCCACCAGGACCUGAGAUCCUGGGACUUCAGCAUCACCUGAGCCUUGUGGUAGCUCCAGGACUGUGCUCAGUGAGUGCCUCAUGGGGCCGCGUCAGCCUGGGCUCAGGCCUGGGUCUGUCCUGCAGCCCCCAUCUUUUGAGUACCUGUGGUUUCUUUGUCUUUGUAGAUAUUGUUUGUGCCUUUUCUAACUAUUUAAAAAUCAAGUUAUUUGGGUAUUUACAUUAAAUGAUAGGGAUGUAUCUUUUUAUUAAAUGUAUUGGGGUGCAUUGGUUAAGAGGAUCAUGUAGGUUUCAGGUGCACAUUUCUACAAUACAGGAUCUGUACAUUGCACUGUGUGCCCACCACCCAGAGUCAAAC